CGACUCUGCACGAUGAGACCUCGUCUCCCCUGACUAGUUCGGGGGCCGACGGGAAACAACCGAUGCGGAGUUGUACCUCGUAUUCAACCGACGAUCUUCUUCACCUGGCCAAGUGAGAUCCAACAAAUGGCGUACAAUACCGCUAUUGACGCAGGAGGUUAUCAAGGUAGUAUCCCUGGGGUCAAUUUGGGGGUGAUCGGCAUCGUAUCCGCCCUUGAAUGCGACAAUACAGGCAGGGAAGACCACGAGCGGAAUAUUUGGCAUAUCGCCGAGAAGAGGAUAAAUAGGAGUCAUCGUCCGGCAGACCAGGUCUGAUCUUAUCGCUUUCUCAGACACAAUCAAUCAACAUGAUGCUCGAUCUAAAGCAGGUUGCGGCUAUCCUCCUGGCUUCGGCCUCCGUGGCCCAGGCCACCGUUCAAGGCUUCGAUAUCUCCCACUACCAGGCCAACGUCAACUUUGCGGCGGCAUAUAACUCUGGUGCUCGCUUUGUCAUGAUCAAGGCCACCGAAAGCACCACCUACACCGACCCUUCGUUCUCCAGCCAUUACACCGGUGCCACCAAUGCUGGUUUCAUUCGCGGUGGCUACCACUUCGCCAUCCCCAAUGACAGCAGUGGCGCCGCUCAGGCCAAGUACUUCCUUGCUCACGGAGGAGGCUGGUCAAACGACGGCAUUACCCUCCCCGGUAUGCUGGACAUCGAGUACAACCCCUAUGGCGCCACAUGCUACGGACUUAGCGCCUCUCAGAUGGUGUCUUGGAUUUCCGAUUUCGUCAACACCUAUAAGAGCAGCACCGGUCGUUAUCCGAUGAUCUAUACCACCGCUGACUGGUGGAACACCUGUACGGGCAACAGCAAAUCUUUCACCGAGUGUCCUCUCGUCCUGGCUAGGUACUCGAGCUCUGUGGGCACCAUUCCGGGCGGAUGGCCGUAUCAGUCGUUCUGGCAGAACUCCGACAGCUAUACCUAUGGUGGCGACUCGGACAUCUGGAAUGGCAGCUGGGAGAACCUUAAGGCGUUUAGCAAGGGUUGAUGCGGUAUGCCUCAGCAUGCUGAUGAUCACUGUGAUCUGAUCAUGAACUGCACAGCGUUAGGGUAGCUCCAGAUCCUUUGAUCAUUUGAUUACAACAUUUAUUGCGGUAGCUAGUAUAGCCAAGUUGAAUG